AUGAAGAAAGCCGAAGUGGGCAGGUUCAGUAUUUCCCCGGAUGAGGACAGCAGCAGCUACAGCUCCAACAGCGACUUCAACAACUACUACCCCACCAAGCAAGCUGCCCUGAAAAGCCAUUAUGUAGAUGUAGAUCCUGAAAACCAGAACUUUUUACUUGAAUCGAAUUUGGGGAAAAAGAAGUAUGAAACAGACUUUCAUCCAGGUACUACUUCCUUUGGAAUGUCAGUAUUUAAUCUGAGCAAUGCGAUUGUGGGCAGUGGAAUCCUUGGGCUUUCUUAUGCCAUGGCUAAUACUGGAAUUGCUCUGUUUAUAAUUCUCUUGACAUUUGUGUCAAUAUUUUCCCUGUAUUCUGUUCAUCUCCUUUUGAAGACUGCCAAUGAAGGAGGGUCUUUAUCAUAUGAACAGUUGGGACACAAAGCAUUUGGAAUGGCUGGAAAGCUUGCAGCUUCUGGAUCGAUUACAAUGCAAAAUAUUGGAGCUAUGUCAAGCUACCUCUUCAUAGUGAAAUAUGAGUUACCUUUGGUGAUCAAGGCAUUAAUGAACAUUGAAGAUACAACUGGACAGUGGUAUCUGAACGGUGACUAUUUGGUUCUACUGGUGUCGUUGCUGCUCAUUCUUCCUUUAUCACUGCUGAAAAAUUUAGGAUAUUUGGGAUAUACCAGUGGCCUUUCCUUGUUGUGUAUGCUGUUCUUUCUGAUUGUGGUGAUUUGCAAGAAAUUUGAGAUUGCUUGUCCUUUUGAAGAUACAAUAAGCAUAAAUAGCACCUUCAUAGAUCCAACAGCUUUAGUACCUCAUAUGGCAGUUAACACGACUGAUGAUGGUUCUUGCAGACCGCAUUAUUUUUUCUUCAACUCACAGACUGUGUAUGCUGUCCCAAUUCUGACUUUUUCAUUUGUUUGUCAUCCUGCUAUUCUUCCCAUUUAUGAAGAGCUGAAAGACCGCAGCCGUAGAAGGAUGAUGAAUGUAUCCAAGAUUUCAUUUUUUGCUAUGUUUCUCAUGUACCUGUUUGCUGCCCUUUUUGGAUACUUGACAUUUUAUGAUAAAGUUGAAUCCGAACUGCUUCAUACAUACUCUAAAGUCUUGGGAGCUGAUAUUCUUCUUCUCAUUGUCCGUCUGGCUGUGUUAAUGGCUGUCACCCUGACAGUUCCAGUGGUUAUUUUCCCAAUCCGGAGUUCCAUAACUCAGUUGUUUUGUCCAAAAAAAGAUUUCACUUGGUGGCGUCAUGGUCUCAUUACAGUAUCGAUCUUGGCAUUUACCAAUCUGCUUGUCAUCUUUGUCCCAACUAUUAGAGAUAUCUUUGGUUUCAUUGGUGCAUCUGCAGCUGCUAUGUUGAUUUUUAUUCUUCCGUCUGCCUUCUAUAUCAAAUUAGUUAAGAAAGAGUCCAUGAAGUCUGUGCAAAAGAUUGGGGCUUUGUUCUUCCUGAUGAGUGGCUUCGUGGUGAUGAUCGGAAGCAUGGUGUUGAUUAUCCUGGAUUGGGUACACAAUGCCCAUUAA